UCUAACCGUCAGUAAAAUGCUCAUUCAAACGUUGCUUGUCGACCAAAAAGGGUUUCACCAUCAACGGUUUAUUUUCUUGGCUUCGGUCUGGCAUUUUUUCACACAUCUAUAUACAAAGAACAGAAACAAUAGUGACAGCAUUAACGAAGCCAAAGAAGAAAGCUGUGAUAAAUCGAAAUAUUGUGGAUAUACAAAAACACACUUCAAAUACAUAAAAAUGUGAAGAGAGGAACAAAAAUUUUUUAUAAUAAUAAGAAUUGGAAAAGUAACUUCAAUACAUUUAUAAAAAUUAAAAUACACGAAUGUGAAUGCAACGAGAGGAAAUGAGAAGAGGAAGUUGAAAAAGUAUUAACAACAGAGAAAAAAGGAAUCGUUGAAUGCGAAUGCUGCCGAAAUAUGUUGAAACGAAUGAAAAGCGCAUGAAAAAACGAAUUGAUAACAAUCUCGGUUAAAAGUAAAACGAACAACGAACUUUUUUUCCUAACGUCUUUUGAUAAUUAUACGCCGAUAACUAAAAAUUAAGUAGCAGUAGCGAAGGAAGAAAAAAUACCUAAGGAAGUAUUGCAGAAAAUGAAGUAUUAAAAUAUUGUUUAGGGCAAAAAGGACAAACGAAAAUCAAAGGCAGCACCCGAGCAGCAUUCAUUUGUAGCCACAGAAGCGUUUGGAGAAUUCGUAAAAAUUUUCAUACACAUGAAUAUGCUGCAUACGUUCAGUGGCAGUGGCGGCGGCGGGGGAGGCGGGCUUGGCGGUGGCGAUUCAGGUGAUAUUGAGCUGAAGGAGCGCCUAAUCGCCGCCGUAAAGAAAGAAGUCAAGCAGCUUAUGGAAGAGGCCGUUACCAAAAAGUAUAUACACGAGGAAAGCAGUUCGGUGACAUCACUUUGCGCAGCGGUUGAGGCUUGCCUUAGCCAUGGCUUGCGACGACGCGCUUUGGGCCUCUUCAAAACUUCUUCAACGACGGCGUUAAUAGAAAAGAUCGCCAGAACAUGUCCAGAAGCCGAUUAUAUAAAUCGUUGCUUGUUGGAAAUCGAAAUGGUUAAUGAGACGCACACCGUCACCGGUAAACGGUCUUCUUCCAGCAGUGACAGUAUUAUCAAGCCGAAAUUACUCAGUAAGGGCAGUAGUAAUUCGGUGACGACAAUCAAUACGAUGUCGUCGACAACUAGCGGCUGUACAACUGUGGUAGUGAAAUAUUUAUGGAUACGCUUGGCUUUGUACGAGCGUCGCCUUUCCAAAAUUAUUGAGUAUUUGGUUAAGAAUGCCAAUAACUUCUAUGAUCGUGAUGCGCUGGUCGCCGAUCCAGACUAUGGUUCCAUACUCAGUUCGCUCUUAGUCGGACCGUGUGCGUUAGAGUUUACGCGCGCCAAGACGGCAGAUCACUAUUGGUCAGAUCCACAUGCUGAUGAACUUGUUCAACGUCAUCGUAUUAGCUCCGGCAAUCGUACACCUCCAAUUGUACAUCGUCCCAUUAUCAACUUCAAACGCAGCUUGCAUACCAGCUCGGAGGAUACAAGCAGUGGCUCGUACAAAGCGAGUUCACCGGCCAGUGUCGCCAAAGAUUAUGUUGAGUCGUUGCAUCAGAACUCUAAAACCACACUUUUAUAUGGAAAAAAUAAUGUCUUAGUCCUACCGAAAGAUGUCAAUGAACCAAUGCCGGGUUACUUGAGUCUUCAUCAAACUGUCCAAUUUCUUACCAUUAAAUGGACGCCUAAUCAACUGAUGAAUGGCUAUAAUGAAGCCGAUGGCACCGACAAAAGUUUCUAUUGGACUUAUGCGCUCAAUAUCAAUGUUGAUGAGAUUGUAUAUGUGCAUUGCCAUCAGAAUCGUGGUGAAGAUACUGGAGGCACCAUAAUUUUGGUGGGACAAGAUGGCGUACAACAACCACCUAUACACUUUCCUGAAGGUGGCCAUAUGCAAGCUUUUCUAAGUUGUUUGGAAACUGGUUUGCUGCCGCAUGGCCAGCUAGACCCGCCGCUUUGGUCGCAACGUGGCAUGGAGAAAAUGUUUCCUUGGCCAAAGAGUGUACGCCGCCGCAUAUUACCUUCUGUGAUGGAAUCCACCGAUGAAACACCAAUCGAUUAUGUCUUCCGUGUGGUGAGCAAAAGCCAACAUGAGGAGUUUUUGGCAACACAUCCCAUUCUGGAGUUGGGCCGCACAAGCCCUCGACGCAAACACUUGAGCAGUUGUUCGACCACUGGUAGUAGUGACUGUUCCAGUAAAAGUCUAUCCAUGGAACAGAGUGGCGGUGAUUCGCCAUUGAUUCAAGCAAGUCAAACUGCAAGCAUAGAACUGGUUUGCUCGACGAUGCGUCGACAAAUAAUAUCGCGCGCAUUUUAUGGCUGGUUAGCUUAUUGUCGCCACUUGUCCACAGUGCGAACACAUCUAUCUGGUUUGGUUAAUGGACGCAUUACGCCAGACUUGUCCGCUGAUGAGCAGGGACUAACCAAGGAGAAGUGGGCGGAACUCCAAGUAGAUGGUGUUGUAACCAGCGACAUGGAGGUCUUCCGUUUGGUGUACUUCGGCGGCGUGCAACACGAGAUACGUAAGGAAGUUUGGCCAUACCUCUUGGGGCAUUAUAGCUUUGGUUCCACACUCGAAGAGCGUGAGAAGUACGAUGAUACCUGCAAACAUUACUACGAAACUACGAUGAGCGAAUGGUUAGCCGUCGAGGCAAUUGUACGUCAACGGGAGAAGGAAAAGAAUGCGCAGGCUGUGGCCAAACUGACGGCUGAGAAGUGUCGACGCGCGGGCAAACAAGUUUGUCGCCAACACGAAAUGGACGGCGAAGAGGUGGAAAACGAUGUAUUCGAGGACAAUGAUUUUUCAGAUAUGUCUGAUCCGGGUGAUGAUUUUGACGAGGAAACACCAAUCGAAAAAGACGUAGAGGAAAGUACAACGGCUUCCAAAGCGGAAAAACAGAAAAAUAGUAGCACUACCGAUUCGGGCAAUGUGGAAGAGUAUAUGGAACAGAUGGACGCAAUUGAAACAACGAACAAUGACCAGCAUGAAUUGGAUGAAGCCAAUGCAGUAUUAGCAAUUGAUCAAAAUGAUCGUAUUAUUGUGGAACUAGAUAAUAUGGAGGCGAUGGAACCGCUACCACUGCAAGAGAAUUGCUUUGCCGAUACGGAUGCCGAAACGGGUUUGACGCCUGAACAUGUGGGCGGUAUAAUUCUACUAAGCAUAAAAAGUUCACCUUCCACAUCCUCGUAUGAGACGGUGGGCAAUGAAUUCACUGACAUCAUCGAUCUAGGCACACCUAUGAAUGUUGUGGCUGAGUCAGAGACAAUGAAUUUCGGCGCCGUUAUAGAAGAUGUGGAGGUAGAAGAAGAUGCUUCUUCACAAGUUAUGAAAUUUCACAGUGCUGAUGAUUUACGACGGGCAGUCGAUGAAUUUGCGAUCGGUGUUGGCAUACAAGUGCGGGAUGCUGAAUCGAUUCCAACGCAUGCCGUUAUUAUUACCGAAGCCGCAUCGUUAGAUGCAUUACAAUGUGACGAUGAACUCACCGAUGAAAUGUCGCGCAAGACAAGUAUUAUCUCACCCAUGAAUGAAGAUAUAACGGUGGUGGCUUCACUGGAUGCGCUACAAGAGCCGAAAUCGGCAUGUGUCUCACCGGCCAGCAGCAAUGGUGGUGUAUAUAGUAGUGAAUUACUGGAAUCUUUUGGUUUGAAUUUACACCGCAUUGAAAAGGAUGUUCAGCGCUGCGAUAGAAAUUAUUGGUAUUUCGCUAAUGAGAAUCUGGAUAAGCUCAGGAAUGUUAUAUCCACCUAUGUUUGGGAACAUUUGGAAAUCGGUUAUAUGCAAGGCAUGUGCGACUUAGUUGCUCCAUUACUGGUCAUUUUCGACGAUGAGUCGCUUUGCUACAGUUGUUUCUGCAAAUUGAUGGAGCGCAUGAUCGAAAAUUUUCCGAAUGGCGGUGCUAUGGAUAUGCACUUUGCGAAUAUGCGUUCGCUCAUUCAAAUACUGGACUCGGAGAUGUACGAUUUGAUGGACUCGAAUGGUGACUACACGCACUUCUAUUUCUGCUACCGCUGGUUUUUGCUGGACUUCAAGCGUGAACUUGUCUAUGAUGACGUCUUUGCCACAUGGGAAGUGAUUUGGGCGGCGAAACAUGUAGCUUCCAGUCACUUCGUACUCUUCCUCGCUUUGGCGCUGCUGGAAACUUAUCGUGAAAUAAUACUCUCGAAUAGCAUGGAUUUUACGGAUGUUAUCAAAUUCUUCAACGAAAUGGCUGAGCGUCACGAUGCCCAAUCCAUAUUGCAAUUGUCCAGGAGUCUCGUACUGCAAUUGCAGACAAUAAUCGAAAAUAAAUAAAAAUAAAAUGCAUACAGCCAUCAGCUGGCCAAAGACAUACAACUAAACAAACAAUGAGUACAUAUGAAUAUACAUACAAAUGCAUAACAUACAAACAAACAUAUAAAAACCUCAGUUAGAAAAGUUAGCAAGUAUUUAGUAGUUAUUACAUUUAGAUAACAGACAAAGUUGUUGGUAAAAAAAAUAAUACACAUCUGUAGUUGGCCGUUAAUGAAGUAGUGAAAGGUAGGCUUUUACUCGACGAAGUAAUUGUAAAGUAGUAGACUUACACAAACAUGCACAUAAACUGUAAAUUUAAAUGAAUAGUUGGUCCAUACAAAUCGGCAACCUUUGUACAAAUAAGAAAAUAACUGUAAUGAGAUUUGUCAUAAGAACAGUUAGUAAUUUGACUCAGUAUUUACUUUUUUUUUGUUACUUUUGUUGCUUCAAUUCGUUACUGCUGAUGCUCGUGCUCUGCCAACAGCCUUUGUGUUCUCUUUCCUCUCAAUAUUGUUGUUGACUUUAGACUAAAAACGCACAAUCGCAAGGUGUGUGAACACACGACGGGAACAUCGAAAGAGAAUUUGGAAAGUUAAAGCAACAAGGUCUUCUUGUAUAAACGGUGCUUAAUGAAUCGCUCUCGAAAGAAAGUUGGCAGCAUUGAUAAUAGUAACUCACUAUACCAAUUUUAUGAGAUAAAACCAUGCUCGCAGCGGCGAAUCUUACUCGAUAACUUUGUUGUUGCUUUCACAUCGAAAAGUUUUCGUUAAAUUAGCAGAGUCUAGAGAUAGCGAGCAGAGAAG